UAUGAGGAGUCAAAGCACCCUUGUCGACCAUUAAUGCUCUGGCGUUUGGCAGGCAGUCUGCCAAGAAUGUGCCACUGCUGGCAAAAGCCAGCAGCGGCAUGGCAAGACCAGCUUGUUCACUGCCAGUGGAUGACAAGGACUGCAUGUUUGUACGAGAAUGUGCCGCCACUGGCGAACACCAGCGUGGCCAGCCCAGCUAGUGCACUGCCAGAGGGUGACAAGGGCCGCAUGUCGCGCCUGUUUACGUGCUGUGCUGGGGAGUUGGACGAGAAUUUGCCGCCACUGGCGAACACCAGCGUGGCCAGCCCAGCUAGUGCACUGCCAGAGGAUGAAAAGGGCCGCAUGUCGCGCCUGUCGACGUGCUCUGCUGGGGAGUUGGACGAGAAUGUGCCGCCACUGGCGAACACCAGCGUGGCCAGCCCAGCUAGUGCACUGCCAGAGGAUGACAAGGGCCGCAUAUCGCGCCUGUCUACCUGCUGUACUGGGCAGUUUGAAAAGAAUGUGCCGCCACUGGCGAACACCAGUGUGGCCAGCCCAGCUAGUGCACUGCCAGUGAAUGACAAGGGCCGCAUGUCGCGCCUGUCUACCUGCUCUGCUGGGCUGUUGGACAAGAAUGUGCCGCCACUGGCGAACACCAGCGUGGCCAGCGAGCUAGUGCACUGAUAGUGGAUGACAAGGGCCGCAUGUCACCCCAGUGGACUAUGAAUUCUCAGGCAGUUGCUAGACACUCUGUCAAGAAUGUGCCGCUGCUGGUGAAAGCCGGUGACAGUGGAAAGCCCAGCUGGAGGACUGCCUCUGGCGGAAAAAGGGUCAGUGUGUAAGUAUAACGUUUGCAGAAUGUUCGUUCGCAUCAACCAGAUUUGACUGAAGACUGUUUUUUCGCUUCUUUUUCUUGAUGAAAUCUCAUGUGCACUGGCCAGCGCUCCUGUCUACGGGACAUGCUGGGACGGUUGCUGGGCAGUCCGAUGACUAUAUGCCACCACUGGCUGACAGCAUGGUUGAUGGGGCAGGCCUUUCACGCCUUCGUGACAGUUUUCACAUCAAACUCCAAGAUGCCAGACAACCUAAGCGGACUCAAGCAUACUGCCAGCAGCAGAUCGCCCAACUGAAAGCCAAUGUUCGGAACUCUCAAAAGGUGGCCUAUGCACAGCGAAAGCUCAUAAGCCGGUUAAGAGCUGAAACAAACUCCCUAAGACAGGCAUCCUCACGAAACAAAUUGUUACAAAAACUUGUUCAUGUCAGCGUUUCACAGGAUUUUCUUCUGAGUCAGUCAAAACAGCUCCAGAAAAAAUUGAAGGGCUUUCGGUACACCGAGUACGACAAUAACUUUGCUUUGGCGUUACAUUAUUGUUCGCCAAAGGCCUACUUAUUCUUGUGCAAGAUAUUUUGUUUACCGGCUGUGAGGUCCCUGCGUAGAUGGUUGAGUGCCCUUGAUGUACGUCCUGGGCUCAAUGAAAGUGUCCUAAAAAUGCUUUAAAUGAAGGCUGAUAGCUUGUCAGUAGCAGAGAAGCUUGUCUGUGUUGUGAUCGAUGAAAUUGCUUUGAAGGAGCACAUCAGUUAUGAUGCACGAAGCGACUUGCUUAAAGGUUUUGUAGCGGGUGCAGACAAGCUUGUGCACACGACUCAAGCACUUACUGUGAUGAUCAAGGGACUGAAAAGGGGACACAAGCAGGUGGUUCGUUACUACCUCACGCACAAUGCCAUGCCUGGGGCAGUCUUAAAAGACAUUGUUAUAAAUGUCCUAACAAGGAUACGACAGACCGGCUUUAUCCCUAAGGUUCUCGUCUGUGACCGGGAACAAAAUAAUAUCUUGAUGCGCAGGCUCUUGGGAGUUACGACUGAAAAGCCAUUUUUUGAGAUGGAAGGAGAAAGAAUCUUUUUUCUUGCAUGAUCCUCCUUACCUUCUGAAGGUGACUUGGAACAAUUUGAGAAAGUUUGAUUUCUUGCAAGGGGAUAAGAUCUACAAGUGCGGUCGCAUC